UAUAUGAUUUGAAAUCGUCAGUAUCUUCUUCACUUCUUGCCGUCUCAUUCCCCAAGUUAGCUCACCGAGCUAGCCUCUUCUUCUAUAAUAACCAGCUUUCUUUCGGAGCAAACAGAACUCUUACGAAAGAAAAGUCCGAUGGCAUCAAUGAAGAGGCAGAGACGUGUGGAUCAUGUUGGUGGUGCUUCCGUGGAAGCCCCAAAGGUUGAAGGUGCGACGAUGUCAAUCCCAAGCAAGAAGCACAAGACGAGAGCCGCUGCCAAGGUGAAAGAAGAGGCGGUGAUCAAGGCGGAGAAUGUGAGUAUUGAUGCUGGAUAUGAUCAAAUGGUGGCGGCUCAGGUUGCGGUGGCGACUGUCGCGUCGGUGGUGGAGGAUGAGAGUUACUCGUGUAGUCGUGGUUCAGUUUGGUUGGAUGAGCAAAUGUCAUGGGGAUCAAUUUGGUCGCCGUUGUGGGAUGUGGAGUUGAUGGGUGAAGCACACUAUGGAUUGUUUAGUGAACAUGGCCAUGGGGUUUGGGACGAUGAUAUUUGGGGAUUAAGGACCACCAGCAAGGAGAUUUCAAUUCCAAACAGAUGAGAGUGACAAUUGUAAUUGAUAGAUUUGAAAGGUUAUCAGAUCAAUAAUUCUGCUUCUGUAUAAGAA